UGUUAUCAAAGCAGGUGAAACUAUGUAAGACGGUAGAACUGAGGGAUGCAGCCAAAAAAAGUUAUAUUGUGUUUCUUUCUGCGGUGAUCUCUGUCCACACUUCCCGGUAAACUUUGUCCCUGUCACACACGCAAAUCAUGUCUGAUCCGGAGCGCCCUAUCGUCCUGUACCACUAUCCGUACUCCCCUUUCGCAAGGAGGGUCGUCUGGUACCUGCACCUUCGCGGGAUUCCAUAUGCCCAAUGCAUACAACCUCCCAUACUACCUCGACCAGAUCUUACCAGGCUAGGAAUCAAAUAUCGGCGGAUCCCCGUCCUGUCCAUCGGAAGGGAUGUCUACCUCGACACCCGCCUGAUCAUCCAGAAGCUCGAGGGCAUCCACCCCUCCCUACCGAAACUCGGGGCCGAGGGUCCCGAGCAGAGGGCCAUCGAGCGGCUCCUCGAGGCCCUGACCAUCGACGCCGGCAUCUUCACCCGGGCAAGCCAGCUCCUGCCCGCCGACCUCCCGCUGCUGCGGGACCCCAAGUUCCAGGCCGACCGUGCCGACUUCAGAGGGGUGAGGCUGUCGAGGGAGGCGGCCGCCGCGCUGAGGCCCGAGGCGCUCAACGAGAUUGGCAACGCAAUGGAGCUCCUGGAGACGACCCUGCUCGCCGACGGGCGCGACUGGAUUCUUGGCACGGAGGGGCCCAGCCUGGCGGACAUUGAGGCCGUCUGGCCCUUCCACUGGCUCGUGGGACUCCCUGGGGCGCUUCCCCCGGACCAGGUGUCCGCCGAGCGCUUCCCGAGGGUCUACGCGUGGGUGGCGAGGUUCCAGGGCGCCAUCACCGCUGCCAAGGCGAAGCAGCCCAGGCCCAGGGAUGUCUCUGGGGAGGAGGCGCAACGGAUGAUCGUCGAGGCGCCGUAUCAUGAGCCGGGCUGCGGGGUGGACGAGACCGAGCCGGUCGUCGGCUUCCACGGGCUGCGGAAGGGCAGCGCGGUUGCGGUGUGGCCGACUGAUACUGGGUCAUCCCAUAAGGAUACUGGGCGGCUUGUCGGGCUGAACAGUAAGGAGAUUGUGCUGGAGACCGGGACCGGGACCGAGACCGAGACUCGGGGCCAAGGUGUACGGCUCCACGCUCCCAGACAUGGCUUUAGAAUGCGACCAUCCCCUAAUGCGGCAUCAAGCUUGUGAUGGUUGGUAGGACCUGUGGCGGUCUUCUCUCGCUACCGAGCUUGCAGCUGUAUCGCGAUGUCAUUUGGAAUUGCCAAACAUUUUAUGUAAAAAGUCGUUGCUCUACGCUCUAACAAUUAAACCCCCGCACUAUGAUCUUACGUCGGCGGCUCUGCGUUGUCCAUUGUCGGUUUGUCACGACUGGCUCCCCACAGGAUCGCGCCUGGGAUGGGUUACCCGACUUACAGACAAGGUUAUUCAGACCUCCCCAUGUGCCUUACCCAUCGUCCAUUAACACUUUACCGAACAGGCCGGCCUAGUCCCCACCACAACCAACCACCCAUGCUGAACCGUUAAGUGAGC